AUGUCGGGUCGUGUCCGAAAACAAUCCGAUUGUCCUGUGGGCAAACAGGGCCCUAUGAGGGCGACAUUGCCGGUGUCAUCUGUUAUGAAAGGCGGCAGUCUUAAAAAGAACGCUGCGAACAGUCCGACGCUGUCACCAACUAACUUGUGGCGUCGAAUAUCACCAGAUCACGCGCUCUCUGGUCAAAGGAGUCCAGGUGCUGUCAACUACAAAGGCAAGGGAAGAUUUGGUUCAAAUGUCAUCAGACGCACAGCAUCUUUAGACACGCUAUAUCACAAAGGACAGUGGCCUAGGGACUUCUACUUCCACGCUGGUCAACUACAAGUUGAUAAGUCAACACAAACCGAUGAUGGUGGCGGAGUAUCCGGUCGUUCAUCCCGAGGUUCAGAUGAUGAUAAAUUUGAUCGUUUUCUGAGGAGCCGUCUACAAAGACCACACAAACCUUCGGCAUCCGGCGAUUAUUCAUCUCAUUCAAUGAGUCCCGGAUUAUGGUGUCGUUUCGGCACUGGCAGUGUUUCCCUACGACCAGCUAGAUCAUCGGUUGAAGGGUUGAACCAGGAGAUAGAAGGACUUGUUCUCUGUCCGGCCAGCGGUACUCAGACACCAUAUUUGGAUAGACUAAGAGAUAAGGUGACUCCUGAGGGUCAUCGUGCUCCUCUCGCUGAACUCUUGAGACGCUCCGUCAACACCCAAACGCCACACGAUCUCUGUCACACAGCCCAUUCUUCAGAUCCGCCAUCAAGAGGAUCACUCUCCAGUGCCGGCUCGGCUGAGCUCCUAGCAACAGGUGGCAGCGUAUGCUCAUCUCCAGAUCUUGAUGGUUCCAAACUGGGUACAUCCCCUCAGAUCAAUCGAUUCCUAGCACGUGAACCUCCAGAUGGUUGUGAAAAGGUGAACCUGAAAGCCGGCGAGGGUUCGUAUUCGGAGGCAAUAUCUGUGAUGAAGCCGGCUGUUCCCGCGUUCACACUGCGGCCGUCCCUCGGCUCCGCCUUCCAGCCGCUGAACCCGUUGCAUCCACCACACUGA